AUGGUUGCGCAGCCCAGCCAACCCCAAAAGUCGUCCCCGCCUUUGCCGCCAUCUGCGUCUCAAAUUUCGCCAGCACCGUCCACAUUAAUGUCGCAGCCGCAGGUAGCAGGGGGUAUUCCCAAAGGUGGAGAUCCAUAUGGACUUCCCGGUCUCCUUUCGCUGAUCCGGAUGACAGAUCCCCUAGCCUCGGCCCUAGAUCUCGGCAUCGACUUGUCCUCGCUUGGCCUGGAUCUAGCUUCCACAGACCUUACAGCCAAACUAAGCACACUGUCUGAAGAGGCUCCUUUUUUCUUAUUUUAUCACAAUUGUGCUGUUGGAGGCAAUGAAUCUUCCUCUGCAGUGUCCUUUUUGCCGAUUUGCGCCGAUUUGUGCAGACGGGGUUGGAGAUGGCAUAGGGAUGCCGCCAUAUGGGUUCAGCCACCUUCAGCCGCAUCAGUGGCGGCGGCAGCCGCCUCGAGGGAGAGUCCACAGGCAUCGUCAAAAAGUACUGUAUAUUUGAUGACCAUAUUAGCUCUUUUCAUUGCUUUUGAUCCUGCCCGAUGGGGGAAGCGGCCGUUUGACAAUUCUUCUGGAGAAAGCAUACAAUCUUCCUCUUCCCUGAUAGAUUUUUCGGUUAUCAAGUCGCUAUGA